AUGACAUUUAUCGACACUGCCGUGCCUGCAGCCCAGUGGGCGUCGGAGCUGCUUUCUCUUGUCUCGUUGGUUCCGGUGCUGGUGGCGGUGUGCGCGCGGCCGCGCAAUGCGGUUUACGUGUCGGCCGAGGCACUUACGCUGCUCAGCUUAUCGUCGCUCGUCUGGCCGCUCAACCUGGGAGCGGCCCAGCUGUACCUGUGCCUCGUCGUAGCUGCACUCGUACUGGUCUACCGAUGCCAGCGAAGCAUCCUCAUCCCUUUGCCUUUGCCGUCCAACGGCGCGAGGGAUCAAGACGAGGUGGAAAAGGCGCUGACCGAAAUCCCGCUGCGUCGCUUCCCGUACGACGCCAAACUGGUCGCCUCCAACUUGAUUGCGGCGGUGGUGCUGUCCUUCUUGAGCUCCAACGAGUCGCUGGCCCAACGUGGCAUUCAGAUCUUCGCGGGCGAAGCCGUCAACACAUCGCUUGCAGAAGCGGUCCAGUUCCAGCUCACCUGGUUGGCCGCCAUGCUCGCCUUGCACGCAACCAUGGUGCAGGCAAUCCGCGUUCUCCUGCUCUACGGAUUCCACCCCUCCAAAACUCCCCACCAAGACCCCCUGCACUUUACACUUACCAAGCACGAGAAGCAGAGAAAGCCAAAGCUGCCCGCCUUCGUCACAGCUUGGAUCGCAAUCUCCAUCGCAGCCGCAGCGGCCAAGUGCAUGGUGCAAGUCAAGCGCGUGGUCGGGGACCAGCAGCAUAUCUCGAGCCACGUCGCCGUUUUGGCGCUGACCGCCAUGCAGCCUUUCAUGUGGGCAGGCGUCGUUGUAGCCAUCAGGAUCCGAAACCGAACCCGACGCCACAUCACCGCGCAGUAG